AUGACUCCUCGUCGCUCCUCUCGGGCUCGCACCUCCCAGCCCUCUCCUGCCCUCCCGCACACCAACUCCUCCAGCUCCUCUGUGUCUCUUACUCGCGAGAGAAGCACUCGCUCAAACCACAAGAACCCCUCUUCUCAAGGAUCGUCUGGCCACCGAUCCCAGUCCAUCGACGAUGCCGAAAGCGGGUCGAAAGUCGACCACCCACACACACGGCAACGCCAGCGCGGGCGCGAGGACGAUGAGCCGCCCCGUGAGGAAGACGAAGAGGAUCCAGAAGAUGAUGAGGAAGAGGAAAUCACUCGGUGUCUCUGCGGGCAGCAAGAUUAUCCAGGCUUGCCCCCCUCUCGUCGCGAGGCUCUCGGUCGCGGCGUCAAGUCAGAACCAGGACAUCCGCCCACGGUUUCAUCCAAUAUACUACCAGACGAUGUCGGCAGCAUGUUCAUUCAGUGCGACACAUGUAAGGUGUGGCAGCAUGGAGGCUGCGUGGGCAUCAUGGAUGAGGCAAUGAGUCCCGACGAAUAUUUCUGCGAGGAGUGCCGGAAGGAUUUGCACAAAAUCAGAGGCGAGUCAAACGGACAGCGCUCCUCCAGCUACCUCCCCGUCGCGCCGGCACCUUCCCCCGCUCCCUCCUCGCGGGCCUCCUCCCGAGAUACCUCCCGGCGUUCCAGGGAUCCCAAGUCACGAAACAGCGAGGGUGACAUGAAUCCCAAGCGGCGAUCUACAAUGAACAGCCGCGAUGCUGCUUACGAUGAAGAGGAGCAACUGCGACGAGCAAUUGAGGAAAGCAAAGAGGACACCAAAAGCAUACCAGAUGAAACUUCCAUACGGCGGGGCAAACGGAGCCGAAGCGAGAGCGAGGCGAACAGACAUGGAGCCAAGCGCCAACGAACCGCCUCACCGUCGCCUGCAGCCACGUCUAAGCAGAGUAACCAGCCAUCCCAGCCCCCGUCAGAUGGCGAAUCAAGACCGGAGGCGACAGCCAACGGGAACAGGAGACAACGAGCCCCGUCUCGAGGCCAGCGCGAUAAGGAACUGAAUAAAGAGGUCGAGGAAGGAGAGGCGGAAGCCGCUGAGUCGGCCAACCGUCGAAAGGACAGGACAGCCCGGCGCAAAGGAGAUGCCGAAUCCGAACAUGAACCCGCAUCCCCGACAAAGACUGCGCCGCCGGAGCCGGAGCCGUCGCAAGCAAGCCCAAACCCCCCUACUCCCCAAGAGCCUACGCCCGUGCGCCCAUCAACCCGCAAGUCUGGCCGCCCUCCUGCGCGCCGGGGUGGUCGUGUUGCUCGGAAUCAGUAUACGAAGGAUCGGGAUCUGAAUGGCAAUGGCACCGAGUCCAGCUAUAUGACAAAUUCCCCGCGUCGUGGCCAGUCCCACGACAUUGGCGGCGACUCUCCCCGGGUUGGGUCCGGAGCCAACGGGGCACAUAUCAACGGCGGGGAAUCGGGACGGCCCAGCAAGCCUCGGCAUAUGCACCCGCAGCGCACAACAAUGAACGAGAUGAAGCGACGCGUGUCAGGCAUUCUCGAGUUUAUAUCACGCAUGCAGGUCGAAAUGGCUGUCGCCAGCGAAAACUCAUCGACGCCGACGGGCAAUGGUGACCGCUCGCAAGGUCUGCUUUUGAAGAGCAUGGUGGACCAGAUCGACAAUAUCAUGCCCUCUACCACUAGUGACACCGGCGAGUCUGCGCCUCCAACCACCGACGGAGACGGUGAUGCUCCGACAGCCCACGAGAAAGACUUCAAAGAUCUCAGCAGCGUCGAGAUGAUGGACGUGCUCACGCGACACCUUCUCAAGUGGCAGCAGGAGUAUGGCAAGUUCGGUGAGCGGUAG